AAAAAGAAGGGCGUCAGGAAGGGCAAGGCGGGCCGCGCGCCGGCCGUGGCGGACGGCGUGUCCCCCGAGGACAUGAGCAAGGAGCAGCUGGAGGAACACGUUGGGCGUCUCCGGGAGGAGCUGGACCGGGAACGGCAGGAGCGCAACUACUUCCAGCUGGAGCGUGACAAGAUUCACACCUUCUGGGAGAUCACCCGGCGGCAGCUGGAGGAGAAGAAAGCAGAACUGCGGAACAAGGACCGCGAGAUGGAGGAGGCGGAGGAGAGGCACCAAGUGGAGAUCAAGGUUUACAAGCAGAAGGUGAAGCACCUGCUGUACGAGCACCAGGAGAACCUCACCGAGCUGAAGGCGGAGGGCACCCUGUCCAUGAAGCGGGCCCAGAAGGACCACUGGGCCCAGGAGAUGGAGCUGUGGAAGGAUGUGCGCUCCUUGAAAGUGGAGCUCAAGGAGCAGGAGCUGGCCAACGAGGUGGUGGUGAAGAACAUGCGCCUGAAACAAGAGGAGGAGAUCACGCAGCUCUGCAGUGACUUUGAGAGACAAGUGAAAGAGAUCGAGGCCAAGUACAACAAGAAGAUGCAGGUGCUGCGGGACGAGCUUGACCUGCGCAGAAAGACGGAAAUCCACGAGGUCGAGGAGAGGAAGAACAGCCAGAUCAGCGUGCUCAUGAAGAACCACGAGAAGGCCUUCAGUGACAUCAAGAACUACUACAAUGAUGUCACCCUCAAUAACCUGGCGCUCAUCAACACGCUCAAGGAGCAGAUGGAGGAGAUGAGGAAGAAGGAGAAUCACUUGGAAAAGGAGAUGGCAGACAUGCUGCUGCAGAACAAGCAGCUGACAGAGCGCCUGCAGCGGGCGCAGGAGCAGGUGUCUGAGCUGCAGAAGAAGUUGACCCACUACGAGAAGGACAAGGAGGCUCUGAGGAACACAAAAGCUCAUUUGAAAGUCAGCCAGAAGGAACUGAAAGAUCUUCAGUGGGAACACGAAGUGCUGGAGCAGAGGUUUGGUAAGGUGCAGGCAGAGCGAGACGAGCUCUACGAGAAGUUCACCGAGGCCAUUAACGAGGUGCAGCAGAAGACGGGCUUCAAGAACCUCCUCCUGGAGCGCAAGCUCAAAGGGCUCUUCAAUGUCCUGGAGAAGAGGGAGGUGGAGCUCAACGAGGUGCUCGCAGCCUCCAACCUCGACCCRAGCGCCCUCUCCUUGGUCUCGCGCAAGCUGGAGGACGUGCUCGACUCUAAGAACAACACCAUCAGGGACCUGCAGUUCGAGCUGGCGCGCACCUGCAAGGCGCACAAUGACCUGCUGCAGACGUUCGAGGCGAAGCUGGAGGCCUUCGGCAUYCCCCGCGACAGCCUGGGCUUCAGGCCGCUGGAGAUGCCCCUGCUGGGGCAGAGCRCGGGGCAGGGCCCCGCGGGGCUCGUGGCGGCGCCCACGUGA